GGCGGGGAGCCGGCCCGAGUCACGUGACGGUGCCAACAUGGCGGCGCCGUGGCGGCGGCGCUGUGGCGGCCGCUGAAGGAGGCGCGGUUCUUCCGGGUGAUGGGCUUUGAGCGCUCCCGGCCCCGCCAUGCAGCCGCCGGCCCGCGAGCAGGACGCCCGCACCAAGAGCAUGUUCGUGUCGCGGGCCCUGGAGAAGAUCUUGGCCGAGAAGGAGGCGAAGCGGCCCCCGCACGGGCAGCUGCGGAGAGCCUGCCAGGUGGCGCUGGAUGAAAUAAAGACAGAACUGGAAAAAAAAAGAGAAGGCACUGUUGCUCCACCAAAAGCAAACUUCAUUGAAGCUGAUAAGUACUUCCUUCCCUUUGAGCUGGCCUGCCAGUCAAAGUCACCGCGCAUUGUCAGUACUUCACUGGAUUGUUUACAGAAACUUAUUGCAUAUGGACAUAUCACUGGCAAUGCCCCAGACAGUGGAGCUCCUGGGAAACGCCUGAUUGAUCGGAUAGUUGACACAAUUUGCAAUUGCUUUCAGGGUCCUCAAACAGAUGAAGGAGUACAACUGCAGAUAAUUAAGGCUCUCCUCACUGCAGUAACGUCUCCGUAUAUAGAAAUUCAUGAAGGAACAGUUCUCCAGACUGUUAGAACCUGCUACAACAUCUAUCUGGCCAGUAAAAAUCUUAUUAAUCAGACAACUGCCAAAGCUACUCUUACACAGAUGCUAAAUGUCAUUUUCACACGGAUGGAAAAUCAAUCUGUACAAGAAUCCAGAGAAGUGGGAAAAACAAAUCAGCAAAAAUCCCAGUCUCCUGCAAUUCAAGCAGUGACCAGAUCUCCAAAGAUGGGUCAGGUAAAGCACCACUAUCAGGAAGGCAAAUGCACUGCUCCUGUAAGUGUGGAAUUAACUAAUGGUGAGCCUGAGAGGACAGGAUACGGAAAUGUGAAGUCGGAGCAGGAUUUGGUUCCUUCAGCAUCAGAGGAAACAACUGAUGGAGGAAAGGAAAUGGUUAAAGGCAUCUUGGAAGAUGUGGUUGAGUCAGCUGUGAAAGUAGCUGAAGAGAAGCAGGUAACAGAAAUGGCUAAGGCUCUACCUGCAGUAGAGACUGCAGAUACUAUUCUUUCUGGCUCUAGUAGUGAAAACAUACAAACAAAUGGAAUUCCAGAUGAUGGACAGUCUGUUUCCUCUACUGAUAAUCUGGAAGCAGACAUAUCUGGCCAUCAAGCGGCUGCCAAAUUUUCUCAUGUUCUGCAAAAGGACGCCUUCCUCGUGUUCCGGUCACUGUGCAAGCUCUCCAUGAAACCACUUGGUGAUGGACCACCAGAUCCUAAAUCCCAUGAAUUGCGUUCUAAGAUAGUGUCUCUCCAGCUUCUUCUCUCAGUACUACAGAAUGCUGGUCCAGUUUUCAGGACACAUGAAAUGUUCAUCAAUGCAAUCAAGCAAUACCUUUGUGUAGCAUUGUCUAAAAAUGGAGUCUCAUCUGUUCCUGAUGUGUUUGAGCUCUCUAUUGCCAUCUUUCUCACACUUCUCUCCAAUUUUAAGACUCAUUUAAAAAUGCAGAUCGAGGUGUUCUUCAAAGAGAUCUUCUUGAAUAUUUUAGAGACUUCUUCAAGCUCAUUUGAGCACAAAUGGAUGGUGAUUCAGACUUUAACUAGAAUUUGUGCAGAUGCCCAGUGUGUAGUGGAUAUUUACGUUAACUAUGACUGUGAUUUAAAUGCUGCUAAUAUAUUUGAACGCCUUGUAAAUGAUUUGUCCAAAAUCGCACAGGGACGAAGUGGGCAUGAAUUGGGAAUGACACCUUUGCAGGAAUUAAGCCUGAGGAAAAAAGGGCUUGAAUGUUUGGUUUCUAUUUUAAAAUGUAUGGUAGAAUGGAGCAAAGACCUUUAUGUGAACCCCAACCAUCAGACAAGCUUGGGUACAUAUAAGCCAUCUGAACAGGAAAUAGCUGAAGGAAAAUGCCUUGACAGUGGAGGGAGACGAAGUAGUGUCAGUUCCUUGGACUCCACUGUGUCAUCAGGAGUUGGGAGUGUUGGUACCCAGACUGCUGUCCCAGAUGACCCUGAGCAAUUUGAAGUCAUCAAACAACAAAAGGAAAUAAUUGAACAUGGGAUAGAGCUGUUUAACAAAAAACCAAAGAGAGGAAUACAGUAUCUACAGGAGCAAGGAAUGCUUGGCAGUACUGCUGAGGACAUUGCACAGUUUCUGCACCAAGAAGAACGUCUCUGUUCUACUCAAGCAGGGGAAUUUCUUGGGGAAGGCAGCAAGUUUAACAAGGAAGUGAUGUAUGCCUACGUGGACCAGCUUGAUUUCUGUGGGAAAGACUUUGUCUCUGCUCUACGUAUAUUUCUGGAAGGCUUCCGGCUGCCUGGUGAAGCCCAGAAGAUUGAUAGAUUAAUGGAGAAGUUUGCUGCUAGAUAUAUUGAAUGCAACCAACGGCAAACGCUGUUUGCUAGUGCUGACACUGCCUAUGUUUUGGCAUACUCCAUCAUAAUGCUGACUACAGAUUUACACAGUCCACAGGUAAAGAAUAAAAUGACAAAGGAACAAUACAUUAAAAUGAAUCGAGGAAUCAAUGACAGUAAAGACCUGCCAGUAGAGUAUUUAUCCACGAUCUAUGAAGAAAUAGAAGGAAAGAAAAUUGCCAUGAAGGAGACAAAAGAAUAUGCAAUUACAACCAAGUGUAGUAAACCAAGUGUAGCGAAUGAGAAGCAGCGGAGGCUUUUGUACAACUUGGAGAUGGAACAAAUGGCUAAAACUGCUAAAGCUCUCAUGGAGGCAGUAAGCCAUGCAAAGGCUCCUUUUACUAGUGCCACUCAUCUGGAUCAUGUCAGGCCCAUGUUCAAACUUGUUUGGACUCCAUUGUUAGCAGCUUACAGUGUUGGUUUGCAGAACUGUGAUGACACAGAAGUUGCAUCCCUUUGUUUGGAAGGCAUACGAUGUGCAAUUCGAAUAGCCUGCAUCUUUGGAAUGCAGCUUGAACGAGAUGCUUAUGUACAGGCCCUUGCUCGGUUUUCCUUGUUGACUGCCAGUUCCAGUAUUACAGAAAUGAAACAGAAGAACAUAGAUACCAUUAAGACACUUAUUACAGUUGCUCACACGGAUGGCAACUAUCUUGGGAACUCUUGGCACGAGAUCCUGAAAUGUAUUAGCCAGCUGGAGCUAGCACAACUUAUAGGAACUGGAGUAAAAACUCGGUAUUUAUCUGGUGCUGGACGUGAAAGGGAAGGAAUUAUUAAAGGCUAUGCAUCUGGAGGGGAAGAGUUUAUGGGCCUCGGAUUAGGUAAUCUUGUUGGAAGUGGUGCUGAUAAGCGGCAUAUGGCGAGCAUUCAAGAGUCAGUGGGAGAGACCAGUUCCCAGAGUGUCGUGGUAGCAGUAGACAGGAUAUUUACAGGAUCUACUAGGCUGGAUGGAAAUGCAAUAGUUGACUUCGUCCGCUGGCUGUGUGCUGUCUCUAUGGAUGAGCUGGCUUCCCCACACCAUCCACGCAUGUUCAGUCUGCAGAAGAUAGUGGAGAUAUCCUAUUACAACAUGAAUCGCAUUAGGCUGCAGUGGUCAAGGAUUUGGCAAGUGAUUGGAGAUCACUUCAACAAGGUUGGCUGUAACCCUAAUGAAGAUGUUGCCAUCUUUGCAGUAGACUCAUUAAGGCAGCUGUCCAUGAAAUUUCUUGAGAAGGGAGAGUUGGCCAACUUCCGCUUCCAGAAAGACUUCUUAAGGCCUUUUGAGCAUAUUAUGAAGAAAAACAGAUCUCCAACUAUUCGGGACAUGGUAAUACGCUGUAUUGCUCAGAUGGUGAACUCUCAAGCUGGCAAUAUUCGCUCAGGCUGGAAAAAUAUCUUUGCUGUCUUUCACCAAGCAGCAUCAGACCACGAUGGGAAUAUUGUGGAGCUGGCCUUUCAGACUACAGCACAUAUAGUUACAAAUAUUUUCCAACAGCACUUUCCUGCAGCAAUUGAUUCAUUCCAAGAUGCAGUAAAAUGUCUCUCUGAGUUUGCUUGUAAUGUUGCAUUUCCGGACACCAGCAUGGAAGCAAUCAGACUUAUUCGGUAUUGUGCAAAAUAUGUUUCAGAAAGACCACAGGUAUUAAGAGAAUACACGAGUGAUGACAUGAAUGUUGCUCCUGGGGACAGAGUAUGGGUCAGAGGAUGGUUCCCCAUUUUAUUUGAGCUUUCUUGUAUCAUAAAUCGUUGCAAAUUAGAUGUUCGAACAAGAGGUUUAACAGUGAUGUUUGAAAUAAUGAAGAGUUAUGGCCAUACCUUUGAAAAGCAUUGGUGGCAAGAUCUGUUCAGAAUAGUAUUUCGGAUUUUUGAUAAUAUGAAACUUCCUGAACAACAAACAGAGAAAUCUGAAUGGAUGACCACUACAUGCAACCAUGCACUUUAUGCAAUCUGUGAUGUAUUCACACAGUUUUAUGAAGCUUUAAAUGAGAUCCUUCUUCCUGACAUACUUGCACAGCUACACUGGUGUGUAAAACAAGAAAACGAGCAGUUGGCUCGAUCAGGUACAAACUGCCUGGAAAAUCUGGUAAUACUAAAUGGACAGAAAUUCAGCCCAGAAGUCUGGGGCCAGACGUGCAAUUGUAUGCUAGAAAUCUUCAAAACUACCAUUCCUCAUGUCUUGCUCACGUGGAGGCCAGCGGGAAUGGAGGAAGAUUCAGCUGAAAAGCACUUGGAUUUGGACCUAGAUCGUCAGUCAUUAAGCAGUGUGGAUAAAAACGCUUCAGAAAGAGGACAAAGUCAACUUUCAAAUCCAACAGAUGAAAGCUGGAAAGGUGGUCCUUAUACAAACCAGAAACUGUUUGCUGGCCUCCUUAUAAAGUGUGUGGUACAGUUGGAGUUGAUACAGACCAUUGAUAACAUAGUAUUCUAUCCAGCAACGAGCAAGAAGGAAGAUGCUGAGCACAUGGCUGCAGCUCAGCGAGAUGCACUGGAUGCAGAUAUCCACAUUGACACAGAGGACCAAGGAAUGUAUAAACACAUGUCUUCACAUCACCUCUUCAAGUUACUGGAUUGUUUGCAGGAGUCUCAUUCUUUUUCAAAAGCCUUUAAUUCAAAUUAUGAACAAAGAACUGUGUUGUGGAGAGCAGGGUUCAAGGGUAAAUCAAAACCUAAUCUCUUAAAACAAGAGACCAGCAGCCUGGCUUGUUGCUUGAGAAUACUCUUUCGAAUGUAUGUGGAUGAAAACCGCCGAGACUCCUGGGAUGCCAUACAACAACGUCUGCUUAGUGUAUGCAGUGAAGCUCUGGCAUAUUUUAUUACCGUGAACUCAGAAAGCCACAGAGAAGCUUGGACCAAUCUCCUGUUGCUGCUUUUAACAAAAACACUAAAAAUCAGUGAUGAAAAGUUUAAGGCACAUGCUUCAACAUAUUAUCCAUACUUGUGUGAAAUCAUGCAAUUUGACCUGAUUCCUGAGCUUCGAGCUGUGCUACGGAAGUUCUUCCUGCGUAUAGGUGUUGUGUUCAAAAUCUGCAUAACAGAGGAGCAAAUACGGACAACUGGGACACAUUUACCCUCGUGGUAGCCCUAAGUAGAAUUGGUUACUUCUCUUCUACAUAAAGCUGUUCCAGAGAUGGACUGAAGUGGAUGGGGGAAGAAAUGGGACCCUGGUAUAUCAAAAGAACAGCAAGUUACUCUUAACACAGUGGCAUUUGAGGAGCAAUGGGGAGGGAAGAGGGGAAGGGAAGGGGGGGAAAAAUUCCUGGCCAUCCUAUGAGACUAUCACCAAUUUUUAUUUAAAUUAUUGCUAACAGAAUUAGUGCUGUAGAUAUAAAGUCUGUUUGUUUCCAUGUUCAUCAUCCUUAUGAUCAAGCUUGUCUCUUCUAGUCUUUUAUCAAUUGUUCAGUUUUGCAGCCCAACCGAAUCUUAUAAAUCAAUUGGAUUCCUCAAUGGAAGUUAUUCCCCAUGGAAGUAAUAAAUAUAGUUGUGUAGCCUUGUGAUGUCAGCAUGUGCUCAUAAUAAACUGUACUGCAGUGGCUGAUGACCACCUCAGAUCA